CUGUGCCCUCGCGCUAAUGUUUUUGCAGUCUUGGCCAAUGGCGUCGUCGAAGUUAGCCUAUUGUGGAGCUGAAGCGGAAAUAUAUAUUGCAUUGCACCUUGGGGUCCCAAAAUCAACAACGUAGAUUAUAAAAAAGGAUCUCACAAUGAUUUGUUCGCAGUUAACUUGAAAAGCCGACGAGUAAAGAGAAGCCGAAUUCAAACACAGAAAAAGGUUAAAAUUUUAGGAUGAUGACCCUUUUGAGAAAAGAUUUUAUAUGUUGGUGGAUUAUUCUAAUUGGGUUUUUGGAAGCUGUUCAAGGAACCGUUUCCAACACCAAGUAUAUUACUCGCUAUAACAAGCUUUGCACUAGUCCCUGUAAAAGUAAAUAUAGAAAUAGUUAUUGGUGCUACACAAAAGGAGCAUAUGAUAGUUGGGAAUAUUGUUCGCGAUCAGCAAACGAGGAUAUCGAAGGAAAGAAAUGUAAGAAUGCGUGCGCUGAACGUGGGGAAAAAUAUAAGUGGUGUUAUCUUCUCAACGGAGGGUGGAACUAUUGCGGGCUUGUUCAAAACAGACUCCAGCGCUUCAAAACCAGAUAUGGCUAUGACUGUGUUGACGACUGUUCGUAUUAUCCAAGCAAAGGAUAUUAUUACUGUCAUACAAAUAUUAAUUAUGAUUAUUGUUCUCCGAAUUCUGACACAACUAUUUAUGGGAAGGCAUGCAAAGGUAAUAGCAAGUGCGCUUUUCAUGGUUAUUCAUAUACAUGGUGCUAUACAAAUGAUGGCAGUUGGGAUUACUGUGGAGUAAUUCAAUGGAAUUCUUGCGAAAAUACUAGAAAAAAGCGGCAGAUUGAAGAACUAUGCAUGAGAGAUACAGGAAAUAGUAUUGAUGUCGUAUACCUUAUGGGACGUGGGCAAAUUGCUACUGAUCAACUGAGCGAUGCUCUAACGCGCAGUGCCUAUGAGGCCAUCGCUCAAAUGGAAACUUCGCGAAUACCACCGCGACCACGCUCGGAGAUUGUUAGCAAUUCUAACUUUCGUAUCGAUUUGCAAGGAACUCAUUGGUGGGGGGGUCAAAAUUACUACAAUCUCCAACUACAAAGAAAUAUACCUCGCCAACCUGGUCAAUCAACCACCUACGCCACAGUUCUCGUUCCUGUAGCUCGAGUAGGAGGUCAGUAUAUGAAUUCACGACGUCUCAGAAAUGCAUUCAUCGAAAGCUUAUUAAAAAAAGAAAACAUCCGAAUAAUUGUUCGUUCGACUCGAUCCAACCAGAGAAGAAGCCGAGAACUGUUAGAAAAGGAUGAAGGACCUGAAAAAUACCUUAUCCAAGAUGAGCAAAUAGAAGAUAAUGUGAGUGAAGAAAAUUUGGCCGGCUUCGAGUGGAAGUUAGAAUAACAGUUCUUUACAGUCUGCAAAUAUUAUAAUUAUUAUCAUAAUAUAUACUUUUGAUUCAUUAAAUUAGAUUUAGUUUCAUAUAAAAAUGCAAGCUGCUUGAUUGAACUAAAGUUAUACAUAUACAUGUAGAUUUGUAUUUGAAUUAAAGAUUUGUAAU